AUGGACUACGGAUAUUCGCCUAGUCGUGAGGGCGGCACUAUGCACUUUCCCUCACCCACCCACCCCCACAGCUAUCGACUCGACGGCGCCCACUUCUCGCACCUGCAAGAACUCCGCCGCUCGCUCUCACGCUCGCCUUCCAAGCAGUCGCGCUUCCAGCUCCGCAACUCCGACACGCCCCGCUCUCCCAUCUCACCACUUGCCAUUGCGCGCGCCUUUUCGCCCAAAGCGCACAAGCCCACCAGUCCUAUCGCGACUUUCUUCCCUGAGUCACCACUAGCGCAACAGGCCCCCGCAAAGAAGAAGUUCUCCCUGCGCCGCCCAGCAGGUCCCUUCCGCUCGUCACCGCGCACCCGCAGCAGCAACUCCAAGAGCCCGCGACGACGCGCACUGGCCGACUCUCCCGACGGUGGCAACGCGACGCCCUUUUUGGCCCGACCAACCGCUGGCAUGGAAAACACUCCCGCCCGACGGCCGAGCGCAGAGUCUCCCGACACCAUGGACAUGGACAAACGCCUAGAGGUAGAUGACAAACCCAUCAAGUUUGAAUUCGCCCGCCGUCCUGACUUGUCGCCUUUGCCCCCCGCAAAGUCAAGCCCACUCAAGCGCAACGACGGACUCAUGAACCUGAGCGGAUCGCCCGGCAGCAGCCCCAUGGCAAAGCGCCGCAGUUUGCACGGCCACCUCGAGAACGACUUCGAGAGCAUCUUCGACCCAACCCCCUCAUUGCGCCUUUUCGCCGAGGGCACCUCGCCCACAAAGUAUAACAACGACGCGAACAACGCCUUCUCCUUCAACAGCUCACCUAUAAACACCACGCCCACCUCGCCUGUUCGCCGCGCAACCUCUCUUCGGAGAUCAACCCUGUCGCAACGCUCAAGUACCCCGCGCAAGCCUGACGGCGAGUUCGCAAUGCCUGGAGCGGCGGCUUCCAAGACGCGCAAUCGCAUGUCCCUAGACAGCACAAUGAACCCUCCAGCUUCCUUGUCCGCGCAAACGCCCUUCCGCAAGUCCACUUUCGAUGCGGGGCGCAUGGGCUUGCCUCAGCCCACCCCUCGGCCGGGACCAGGAGGGCCACACCCGCUUUCACACGCCCAUACUCCGUCUUCUACUUCGUCAUUUAGCAGCGGUACGCCAAUGGCCCCUCCCCGAGCACCAGCCAUUCAGUGGAGCGGCCCUGCAUUUGCCCCUCCCACAAACCCAGGAACCAACCCACUCUUCAGCCGAUCCCUCCCCAUCGGCAUUGGACGCCCGAAUGCCGAGGACGGCGAGCAGUCUUCGCAAGACUCGUUCGACACUCCGUUCAAGGCCGCGCAGCCCCCACCUGUCGCCUUCUCCACUGGUCUUUUGUCCAAGAAGAACCGCAAUGCGGACGAGCCUGCGGCUGGUGGCAUCUAUGUCAUGCCUGACACGCCAUCAAAGCGCCAGUCGUUUCCUCCAGCUGCCGCAGACAGGUCCCUCAACCUCGACACGCCUUUGGUAAAGCGAUCGGGCAGUCUCUUCGGUAACGAUGUGCGACCGCCUCAGCACCAGUUUGGCACGCCUAGCACUCCCUUCAGCGCCAACGUGUCCAAGUUCUCCACCGACUCGUUUGGUAAGCGACCGAGCAUUUUCGGCGACAUGGGCAAUACCAUGCAGCGCCGAGGAAGCUUCGUAAGUAUCGAUGGUGACCACGACGACGACACCCAGCCGGAUGCCCAGUCCCCAACAGCGAAUCGGAUGGGUGACAGUCAGUCGAGUGCCGAUGACAUGCCACCCACUCCGACCAAGCCCAGUGGUGGUUCCAGUCGUCGUUCAAAGGAGAGCAGCUUGCGCCGUAAGACGUUCCGCUCGCGCCCUUCUAUUGGCACAGAUACCUUUGCCAUUCCCGACAACGAUGGUCGUCCUACGAGUAAGUACUCAUCUCGCUCCAACCCCGAAAUGGUCCCGGGCAAAGACAGCUCGUCAGAUGACGAGGAGUCUACGCCAACGGUUGACAAGUCCCCCUCUGCACACGCCCUUGACGCAAAUCGAAGUCGGUCGCUGCGGCACUCCAUGAAUAUUGGUCGCCCUCUGCCUCUUUCGCGACGCGUCGCGCGUACAAGUAUCCAGUCAUCAAACCCACAGAACAACACUAAGCAGUCAACAGCAGCCGGAAGUCUCUUUGGCACACCACAGACACCCGCAACCGAAUCGUUUGGUGCUCCCGAUGCGAGCAAACUGUCCAUAUCUGGCAACCGACGCGGAUCGUUCCCUCUUAACAGCAGCUUUGGGUCGUGUGCACCUGCGACCCCGACUACGCCUCGCGAUUCUGGCUACUUUGGUGGUGUAGGCGCCAUACCAAUCGGCCUCACCAAGAACGAUGUGGACGAGUCGCUGAGCGAGCGUUUCCAUGAGAUCAAGCCCCUAGAUGGCGGAGAGGGCGAGUUCUCCACUGUCUACCGCGUUAGCAAGCCAGUCCAGGUUUCACCUCUUAGGUCACCUGCCGGUAGCCAAGUGUGGGUCGUGAAGAAAUCCAAGAAGCAGUACAUCGGUACUGGUGACCGUCUAAAGAAGAUGCGCGAGGUGGAAAUCCUCUAUGCUCUUCGAGGAAACGAGCAUGUGCUGGACAUCAAGACACAUUGGGAGUCCAACCAGCACCUGUACAUUCAAACUGAGUACUGCGAGGGCGGUAAUUUGAGGAAGUAUCUUGACAACGUCGGCUAUAACAGCCGCCUUGACGACUUCCGCAUCUGGAAGAUCCUGUUGGAGCUUUUGUCGGGUCUCAAGUCCAUUCACGACGCAGGCUAUAUCCACCUUGACUUGAAGCCAGCCAACAUCCUCAUCGACUUUGAGGGUGGGCUGAAGAUUGCAGACUUUGGUCUUGCGAGUCAAUGGCCAGCUCCACCAGGUAUCGACGGCGAAGGUGACCGCCACUACCUUGCUCCCGAACAACUCUCUGGCCGCUUCGACAAGCCUGCUGACAUCUUCGCUCUCGGCAUGAUGUUGGCUGAGAUCGCCGGCAACUGUGUCAUCCCCGAAAACGGUGACUACUGGCAGAAGCUGCGAUCUGGCGAGUUUGCGACUGUUCUCCCAAGCCUGACAUGGAGCGCCGAGAGCACUCUCAGCCGCGACCUCAACGGCGACCCAGUUCCCGAGAACGCCAGACAAUCGAUGGAUGGUUUCCUCAUGUCUGAUGCCGAUGAGGACCCGAUGACGGCAAUCAUGGUCAAGCCUUCCUCUCCCGAGGAAGAGCUUGCGCGAGCACCAUCGUUCAUGAUUCACCGCAAUGAUCCGAACUGCAUGGACGAGGUCGUGUAUGCGAUGCUGCAUCGUGAUCCCGACAUGCGCCCUACUGCAGACGAUGUUCUUGCCUGCUACGGAUGUCGAUGGGUCGAUGCAAGGCGCCGAUCUGGUGCCACCGUCUAUGAGGGCAACUUCGGACCCAGCGACGAAAUCCUCGCGACAUACGCCUGCGACGAGGACAUGAUGGACAUGAGCUGA